AUGCAAUACUUUGCAGUAGAAUGGUAUUGGAUGGGACGCGGCCUUCUGCCCAUCUUACCUAACCUUAGAUUCGAAACCAAAACCAAAAAGCCGACUUUGAUGGAAUAGUCCAGCCACAGUAUCGGCUCACAGACUCUCCGAACAACAAUUUUCACUGGAACCAGAGACAAGCGCGGCCCCGGCUCACCACAAUGAACCAUGCGCCGCGACUCUUGUCAGUUCGGCUGGCAGCGUUGCAGGUGACACGGCCGAAACCAAACAAAAUUCCUCACAGAAUACUACCCAGCUCACAAACCCAUAACCUGAGAGGCUUCUCGUCAACCGUUGUACGAUACCCUCGCAAAGAAGAUGACGGGAACAAAUACGCGUCGCGAGCUCGCGAUCUCAAUCAACAGGGCCUGGAUGAGCAGGAGCAGGAAGUGGUCCUGAGACAACAUCAAAUUGAGCGACCGUGGCACAGACAAGACGCCGACAAGCCGCCUGUCGAUCCCAAGGGCCAUGAGAAGAAGGAAGAGGAGCCACUGUCGAAAGGCAAGCUUUUGACAACGCCGACACGUCUUUUGAAACUCAUCCUCCCGCUACCCGUAUCGGUCGAAAAGAACAGUCAAAACAAUGACUAUAAUGACAGCAAUAGCAAGGACUUUGGCCGCUCGAUAUCUUCCAACGACAGGAUCCAACCGCUUGCGCUACUGAUUCACCCACAGCAGCCCCUGUCGUACGUAGAACGCCUAAUACAAGCCGAGCUGCCACCUGUUGUGGAGAAUGGUAAAGAAAAGAUACCGAGCAUAUAUUUCCGUGCUGAAGAUACGGGCGACGCCGAUAAUGCAGCCGAGGGCCGUCCCAGACACGCGAAAAAGAAAGAAGACAAGUCAGAGUCCCCGCAUGUCGCUUCCUACUCUGGCCUGGGCCACGAGGCCGAGUCACGGGAUGACAAGGAGAAGCGCUGGGUGCGGUGGAGUAGCAGCACAGAGAUGGGCGACUUCAUUCGCGACGCGGCGCGGGGCCGCGAGUUCGCCAUCGAGGUUGAAGGCUACAACCUGUCGAUGCACGUCGGGGUGCCGUCGUUCGCGGACCGCACUCACUACAUGCGCAGCCGGCUCCGGCGCAUGUCGAGGUCUAUCGCCCGCCUGACCGACAUCAAAUCGGAGUGUGAUAAGCUCGCGCACCGCGGGGCGCACCGUCUGGCUCAAGGCGGCUUCGCCAUGCUGAGUGGUUGGUGGGGCGUUGUCUACUAUGUCACAUUCCACACUGAGGCUGGCUGGGACCUCGUGGAGCCCAUCACGUACCUGGCCGGGUUAACGACCAUCAUGGGUGGGUACUUGUGGUUUCUGUACAUCAGCCGAGACCUUUCGUACAAGGCAGCCAUGAACAUUACGGUCAGUCGACGUCGGGAGGCUUUGUACGAGGCGCGCGGGUUCGACGUUCCCCGCUGGGAGCGACUGGUGCGCGAAGCCAACGCGUUGAGGGCCGAGGUGGCGCAUGUCGCCUCCGAGUACGACGUCGACUGGGACGAGAAGGCGGACCUUGGUGGGUCCGAAGAGGUCAAGGAAGUCCUAGAAGCGGAGCGGCACAAGCAGCGGAAGCGUAGCUCCGAUGACGGUGGCGAAGAGGACGAGGGCGGAGACGCGGGCCCGAAGGACAAGAAGAGCAGCAAGACGGAGAAGCAGAAGGAGACCGAUUCCGGCAAGAAUGAAAGGUAGAAGCAGGCACAGGACGGCGAUGGAAAAGAUGGACGAGGCCGGGCCCGAGGGGCCUUGCAUGUUCAGGUAGACCAGCAGGCUGUCAGUCAUGGCGAGAGUUGAGAGGAUGUACAAGAUCGGAUCGGCUUUAAACUCGGCACGGCGGCUGCGGCGGGGCUGGGGUUGCUCGGCUGUCCCGAGGCCCGUCCGGAUGCUGCCCCAAGCCCAAAGAGAGGGUUUGCGCCUGGAUUGAAGCUGGGGCCGCUGGGCCGGGGUUGCUGACGGCAUGGCGGUUGUUGAAGUCGUGGUUGGAGUUUUUGUCGAUAGCAUUUUGGCAAGUUUGCAAGCGUAUUAUUUUGUUACUGAUAAUCGUUGAGAUUUUGCAAAGUCGAUUUGUUCUGCGGCCUGGAUGUAGUCGAAUUCGAUAGCAGACGCAGUUCGUGGGAAGUGUUGCUAAUGAAUAUUGCCCAUGCUAAGGAGGGGCAGACGAAACCUCUUAUCAAUCGACGGUCACGUAUGAUAUUCCCCAGGACAACAACCGGGUCGAGUGGAUCAAAUGGAGGGGAGCAUGGACAAAGGGAGAAUGCGUAUUCGGGAGGUUUCUUUCCAAUUCGAACUGGACCAGGAAAGUAAUCUUUUAUUUCUACCAAUUUCACAUGCAGACAGUGGAGGCCCAUCUAUCUAUCUAUUUCUAGAGCGCCAGGAACAACGAUGCGGAUCCGCCCGCUUCUGUUCGUCACCACUCCCAGGCCGUCCGUCCGAAGCGAUU